AUGAAAUUAAAAAUUGCUAAAUAUUUUUAUUUUAAAUUAUAUUUUUUUUGGGGUUCUUAUAAAAAAAACACUAUUUCUCUAGGCAAUGAAGGUCCAGAACAUCACAUGAAUGGAGAAGAGCAAGCCCAAUAUCAAGACGCGGAAAUGGAGGAAGAUAAUGCUAGAUCUGAAGCUACUUUUCAACAUAAAGUAUACAAUUUUAGUAGACUUCGCGAAAGUCAAUUGUCAAAACCGUGUUACGUACGGAAUUUACCAUGGAAAAUCAUGAUUAUGCAACGUACGAGUCAAACUCAAGAAAGGCAGCCCCAAAGAGCUCUGGGAUUUUUCUUACAGUGCAAUGGAGAGAGUGAAAGUACAAGUUGGAGUUGUUAUGCAUCCGCUGAACUUAGAUUGCUCUCUCAGAAAGAAGAUGGCGAGCCUUUUUGCAGAAAGAUUUCACAUUUAUUUUAUUGCAAGGAAAAUGAUUGGGGAUUUAGCCACUUUUUAGCUUGGCAAGAUGUUUUAGAACCUGAAAAAGGUUAUAUCAAAGAUGAUACGAUCAUUUUAGAAGUACACGUUAAUGCUGAUGCUCCUCACGGUGUUAGUUGGGACUCGAAAAAGCACACAGGUUUUGUAGGACUUAAAAACCAAGGAGCCACUUGUUAUAUGAAUUCAUUAUUACAAACAUUAUAUUUUACUAAUCAACUCAGAAAGGCUGUGUAUAAAAUGCCAACUGAAAGCGACGAUUCUGCGAAAAGUGUAGCAUUAGCUCUUCAAAGAGUAUUUUAUGAAUUACAAUUUUCCGAUAAGCCCGUGGGAACGAAAAAAUUAACAAAAUCUUUUGGCUGGGAAACUUUAGACUCUUUUAUGCAACACGACGUUCAAGAAUUUCUUCGUGUUUUGUUGGACAAGUUAGAAAGUAAAAUGAAAGGCACUUGCGUUGAAGGAACAGUGCCAAAAUUGUUUGAAGGAAAAAUGGUUUCCUUUAUUAAAUGUAAAUUAGUAAAUUAUACUUCUACUAGGGUUGAAACAUUUUACGACAUACAAUUAAAUGUAAAGGGCAAUAAAAAUAUUGACGAAUCAUUCCGGGACUACGUAACAACGGUAACACUCGAUGGUGAUAAUAAAUACGAUGCAGGAGAAUAUGGCUUGCAAGAUGCUGAAAAGGGUGUUAUAUUUGCGUCAUUUCCACCCGUCCUACAUUUACAUUUGAUGAGAUUUCAAUAUGAUCCUGUAACUGAUUGUUCAGUUAAAUUUAAUGAUAGAUUUGAAUUUUAUGAAAAAAUCAACUUGGAUCAGUAUUUACAAAAUCAAGAAAGCACGCGUGCCGAUUAUAUUUUGCAUGCCGUACUUGUACAUAGCGGUGACAACCACGGUGGUCAUUAUGUAGUAUUUAUUAAUCCAAAGGGAGAUGGACGCUGGUGCAAAUUCGAUGAUGAUGUCGUAUCAAGGUGUUCCAAACAAGAAGCAAUAGAUUCAAAUUUUGGUGGCCACGCUGAAGAUGAAAUGAGCCUUACAAUUAAACAUUGUACUAAUGCCUACAUGCUUGUUUACAUUCGUGACUCUGAAUUGAAAAAUGUUUUACAACCGGUCAACGAAGAAGAUAUCCCUCAAGAGCUCACUGAUAGACUGCAAGAAGAAAAACGUUUGGAGCAAUUUAGGCGUAAAGAAAGAAAUGAAGCUCAUCUUUAUAUGCAAGUAAAUGUUAUUUUAGAAGAAGAAUUUCAGGGGCAUCAGGGUAACGAUCUUUUCGAUCCCGAUAAAGCUCAUUUUAGGCAAUUUAGAGUGCGAAAACAAACGACGGUGCAAGAAUUGAUGCAAAUGUUCUCUGAAACUUUUAAUUGCCCUCAAGAGCAAAUGAGACCUUGGCCGUUUGGUUUUAGGUCAAACUCAACUCGUCGGCCAACACUUUUAGAUUUGGAAACGGAACUUAACAAAACCGUUUUAGAUGUUGCUGAAAAUCAAAAUCCUUUCACCGUUUUCUUGGAAAUGGUGCCUCCCGAUUCAGGUUUAACGGCAUUGCCUCAUUUCGAUAGAGAUUCUGAUGUAUUACUUUUCUUUAAAUUAUACGAUCCCAAGAAUAAAAAAAUUCAUUAUUGCGGGCAUCAUUACAUGCCAGUGUCGGCAAAAGUUCAGCAUUUGGUGCCACUUUUAAAUGAACGAGCUGGUUUUCCGCCGGACACUGAAUUAGCAUUAUAUGAAGAAAUUAAACCCUGUCUAAUAGAGAGAAUUGAAAAUAUAAAUGAACCUUUAGAAAAAGUUUUAGAAGAAUUAAUGGAUGGAGAUAUAAUAGUUUUUCAAAAAGAUGAAAGGCUCGAUGAAAACUCAUAUGAAUUACCAUAUUGCAAAGAUUAUUUCGAAGACCUAUUUCAUCGCAUAGAAGUUACAUUUUGCAAUAAAUCAAUUUCUACCGAUCCUGGAUUUACGAUGGAUUUGUCGCAACGCAUGACAUACAAUCAAAUAGCAAGGGCAGUUGCUCAACGUUUGAACACUGAUCCUUCACUAUUACAAUUUUUUAAAAGUCAAAGUUUUAAAGAUAGUCCAGGUCAUCCUUUGAGAUGUAGUUUUGAUGGAACUUUAAAAGAUCUCCUCGCGUAUUCAAAACCAAAAGGUCCUAGAAAAAUAUUUUACCAACACUUAAGUAUGCCUAUAGAUGAAUUGGAAAAUAAAAAACAAUUUAAGUGUAUUUGGGUAGGUGCUAAUCUUAAAGAAGAAAAAGAAUUGAUGCUUUAUCCAAACAAAAGAGGUCUUGUCUCAGAUUUAUUAGAAGAAGCCAAGAAACAAGUAGAAUUAUCACCUGAUGGCUCUGGAAAACUUAGGAUAUUUGAAUUGCAAUCUUCUAAGAUAGGUCCAACGUUAAGAGAAGAAGUUGGUUUAGAUACAUUAAAUCAACCGGGAGCUUCGAUGAAAGUUUACAGGAUAGAAGAAAUCCCAAAGGAUGAAGUUGAGUUACAAGAGGAUGAAAUGUUGCUUCCCGUGGCUCACUUUCAGAAAGAAAUGUAUGCAACGUUUGGCAUUCCAUUCUUUUUAAAAAUUAAAAACGGUGAACCUUUUUCAAAAGUCAAAGAUAGAAUAUUCAAAAAACUAGAUAUUCAAGAAAAAGAAUUUGAAAAAUUCAAAUUCGCCAUAGUAACUUCAAGAAUAAGAUUUAUAGGAGAAGAAUCAGACAUUGUAAUGAAUAUACAAGAAUUAAAAGGCAGUUCCUCCAACGUAAAACCUUGGCUAGGGUUAGAACACGUGAAUAAAGCUCCGAAGAGAUCGAGAUUCAAUUAUCUUGAAAAAGCUAUUAAAAUUUACAAUUAA